GUGCCGGAGCACGAGCCGCCGCUCGCUCGGUCAGGGCGCCCCCUCCGCCCGCCUCCCGCUUCCUCCUGCGCUGCCUGCCGUCGCCGCCUCCUCCUCCUCCUCCUCCUCCACCAUUGUAUAAUGUUCCGAGCGCGCAGGCAGAGGACGGCAGAGGCUUAGCUCCCGUCUCGCCCGCCGCCCGCUCCCCGGCGCCACCCUCGGCCCCCGGAGCCGGGCACCCCGCAUGGAGCGGGACCAGCUCUGAGGAGUGGGCUGAACCCCUCCCGAUGCGCUAGUUCCCAGGGGGAGCUGCAUGUGAUAUAUGUUGGGUAAAGGAGGAAAACGGAAGUUUGAUGAGCAUGAAGAUGGGCUGGAAGGCAAAAUCCUGUCUCCCUCCGACGGUCCGUCCAAGGUGUCGUACACCUUACAGCGCCAGACUAUCUUCAACAUUUCCCUUAUGAAGCUCUACAACCACCGGCCCCUCACCGAGCCCAGCCUGCAGAAGACCGUCCUCAUCAACAACAUGCUGCGGCGGAUCCAGGAGGAGCUCAAGCAGGAGGGCAGCCUGCGGCCCGCCUUCCCCGCCGCCGCCGCCGCGCAGCCCAGCGCCCCGCCGAGCGGCAGCUCCCGGGAGGCCCCGCCCGCCUGCAGCCCCCCGGCGCCCCCGCCCGCGCACCCCGGGGACCUCGCCAGCACCACCCCGCUGGAGGCCUGCCUCACCCCGGCGUCGCUGCUCGAGGACGACGACGACGACACGUUUUGCACUUCCCCGGCGGCGGCCCCCACCGCCAGACGCCCCUCCCCGGCCCUCCCGCCCGAGAAGGACAGCUUCUCCUCCGCCCUGGACGAGAUCGAGGAGCUCUGCCCCACAUCUACCUCCGCCCAGGCCGCCGCCGGCGCCGCGGCUGGCAGCGCGAAAGGGGGCGCCAGCGCGUCCAGCGCCCCGAAACCCGAGGGGCUCCCCGAGGGCCGCCCCGACGACCCCAAACUGAUGGACUCUCUGCCUGGGAAUUUCGAGGUCACCACGUCCACGGGGUUCCUGACGGACCUGACCCUGGACGACAUCCUGUUCGCCGACAUUGACACGUCCAUGUAUGAUUUUGACCCCUGCACCUCCGCCUCGGGCGCAGCCUCGAAGAUGGCCCCCGUGUCCGCGGACGACCUCCUCAAGACCCUCGCCCCCUACAGCAGCCAGCCCGUCGCCCCGAGCCAGCCUUUCAAAAUGGACCUCACAGAGCUGGACCACAUCAUGGAGGUGCUCGUGGGGUCCUAAUCCCCGGGGA